AUGUUGCAACAUGUGAUGCAAUUAGCAAAUGUUGGUCCUCAACCAUCAGUUGUUCCGCAAGUUGCCCCAAAUGUAAAUUUUAAGGACUUCUCUCGGAUGAAUUCUCCUAAAUUCAUAGGUAUCUUAGAUACAUUGAAAGCUCAUGAUUGGCUGUCUAAUAUGGAAAGGUUGUUUCAGAUUGUACUUUGUAGUGAAGGGAACAAGGUGACUUUCUCAUCGCACAUGUUGAAGGGUUCUUCCACAAGAUGGUGGGAAAGUGCUUCUACUCUUAUGAGAUCACCAGGAAAACUCAAAUCUCGCUGGUCUGGCCCUUUGGAGAUCACCAAGGUUCUCACUAAUGGUGCGAUAGAAAUAAAAGGUAGAAAUAGUGACCCUUUCAUAGUAAUCGGGAAGCGCUUAAAGCAUUAUCAUAAUAUAGAAAACAGAGACUAUUCGAACAGUCUCAGAUUCAUAGAGUUGCCCGCUCAACCCCAAACCUAG